AUGCUUGAAAAGGGCAUAUUAUCGAGAGGAAUGAUUGACUUGAACAAACAGAAGUCAAUCGAAGAUAUGGAAUGGUCAAUCAAACAUCUAGAAUCGAAGACUUGGGAAUGUCAAGUCAAGGCCUAUGAAAUCACAAGAAACAAGACAUCAAGAAGGAGUUAUGCAAUCGAGAGAUAUGUAGAAGCA